CGAAAUCGAUUGUCAUCUUGUACGUGAAAAACUUCGUGCUAAGGUCAUCUCCACCGCUCAUCUUCCUACUGGUCAACAACUUGCAGACAUAUUCACAAAAGCCUUGGGUCGUGAUCAGUUACAUAUAUUACUUAGCACAUUGGGCAUUCCACUCUUUCGUGUGGGAAAAAGAAAGCUCUGGUGGCUUGCUUUUUCUAAGUAAUGGGGAAGAGGACCGAAACAUGCCACUGUUGCAUACAAUUCCUCAUGAGGCUGAACCAGAUGUCAUGAUUUGAGCGAUACGUCCAUGAGCAGAAAGCUCCUCUCUGCUCGAAAGUACAUCAUAUCAUAUAAUGAAUAACCUUAUAGGUAGCACACAGCACCCCGAGCUUACAACCUUUCUAAGCGCACUAGCUCUUGGAAGGAAGCCGAAACUCACUUGUUGAUUGAUCUCUUUCACCCCUCACCUUUGUAGUACCCCUUGAGCGAUUUUCUCUGAUCCAUCUUUGCCACUCAAGAUCAACUACACUUGGCUACGAAAGAGGAGUGAAGUUGCUCGACUGAAAGGAGAGGGACGGUCCAGUCAGUGUGUAAAAGCAAGAAGAAAUUGGGAGCUUCUGAGCACAGGAUAGGCAAUUGAGAGAUAGAGCUAGUCUAUUCGUUAUGGGGAAUCAAUGCUCCGGGCCGAAUAAAGCUUACCUCUGACACCUGUCUUUCUCCGGCGCAUAUUAGCUUAGCUGCGCUUAAUAGGCCGGUUGGUUUGGCUUCCUCUCUGGUGGCCACUUUCCUUACCUUACCCACGCGCGAAAGCGCUAAGCCAUGCUCUAUGUAGCGUCAAGGCCUCUGACUGCGCAGUCUACCUACAUGUACCUAUGAUUAAUGACAAACUGAACAUCAUAAUUCCCAUUCUCAGAACGUGAGGCUUCAAACGGGAGAUGACAAAUCCCUUGUUUUUUCUUGAAUGAGAAAAAUAUUCAAGAAAAAACGGGGCCUUACUUAUUCAGUUCAGGGGGAAUCUCUAUAAUUUACAUGUCAUUCCUAUCCAUUCUCUUUCAUUCAAGAGUAUUUUUCAGAGUGAUAAAUAUUUAUUUUUAUUAUUAGGUACUUAGUAAUAAAUUUAAACAUGCAUCUCUUGAUUAAAAAUUAGUAAAACAGUGUUACCACAAACAAAAAAAAAAAGAAGUAAACCAGUAACAAUACCAACCUCUAAUUUUCUCCUCGUUUGCUUCCAGCCUAAGAAUUGGUUAGAUUUACCAUUAAAAAAAAAUGCUUAGAUUCUCCGCCGCUGCUUCCCUAUUCUUUCUGCCCAGUCCAGCCAAAAUCCACCUAACCGGUCAUGCUCAUCCAACGAGUAAACAACCAACAUAACUGCCCAUGAUUCUCUAGCUCCAUCAUCGUCCGAUCUCAACCGUCAAAAACGUCAUAACAGUUCACCAACUUAAUCCGACGGACGAAACACAUCCCGUGAUUUCCUUCCAACUGAACUGUCGAGCUUUCAAGUCGUUCCAUAUUCUUCUCCGUUCACCUACCUGCUAACAAUUAACAUCUACCCAACUCCGCUCUCCGCCCGGCAAAGCACGCGAAAUCCUUAAAUCUACCUGACUCGACAAACCCUAAUCGCCACUUCUGGAGAAUGGAGAAGAUGAUUCCUUGCAAGCUGAUUGUUUCCCUCGCGCUGUCCCUCUGUCUGCUGGCGCCGUCGAUUCAGGCCGCCAACUUCCGGUACUGCGAUAAGAAGGCUGAUUCUGGCCAUGUUACUGUGAAUGGAGUGGAGAUCACUCCCGACCCGAUCACUAGGGGCAAGCCUGCUACCUUCACCAUCAAAGCCACAGCAGAUAAGGCAUUCACCGGAGGAAAACUGGUGAUUGAUGUUUCUUACUUCAUAUUCCAUGUGUAUUCGGAGACUAAGAACCUUUGCGAUGAGACAUCCUGCCCUGUCUCCACUGGUGAAUUCGUGGUUUCCCAUUCACAAAUUCUUCCUGGAGUCACUCCGCCUGGCUCAUACACGAUCCAAAUGAAGAUGUAUGAUGCAAAGAACAAAGAGCUGACCUGCAUUUCGUUUCAAUUCACCAUCGGGUUCGGAUCCUCUGUUGCCGACAGUUGAACUCAAAUUGAGUAGCAGCUGUCUCAACAAAAUGUAAAUUUCAGUUCGUUCCGAAAACUUUCCACAAUAUGGUUGCUGUAGAUAGAAAGAAACCCCCCCUUCCAGCACACGUUAUACCUGUACCUACCUCACUCCAACAUGGCAGAGAAAUGGGUUUCAGAGUUGAUAUUGUAAAUUUAGAUCUGGUGGUGUUUGCCUGCCACUUGGUCGGUUUCUAUCCGUGCGAGUUCCGCUGUUUUAUAGUCUGAACUGAACCGAGUCCAAUAUCUUUUAGCGAUCAUCACUAUCAAGGUUUACUAUUAUAUCCAAUAUGGCAAUAUCCAUGCAACUCUAGUUCUUACCCGAAACCCGAUGGAAAGCAAAUCAACCAUUUCUUCGUUUGAAUAAGCUCUGUGCUUUUUAUACGAUAUCUUUUCCUUGUCAACAGAGCAUUACUGCUGUGCUGAAAAUUGUAGUUACGAGGCAAGAAGAUAAAAAGAUAGGGUUCGUUCAAUCUAGAAAUGAGUCAAUUUGAUCAAUUGUCUCGUUUUAUAAAUUAAGCAAUUAAAACGAGUCAAUUUGAAUUACCUGCCCCCACUCCAGGUAAUUAAAAUUGACUCAAAAUGUAUCAAUUCAAAAUACCUCAGGCAGAUUGAUCCAUCCAAAUUUUUUGCUGGCAAACGAGACAAUUUGGUACAAUUGUCUCAAAACGAGACAAUUGUGUCAAAUUUAUCGUUACAAUUCCUCAUUCAAACGACCCCAUAAUCUUUUUAUGUUCAUUGGACUGGGAGUGAUUGGCGGUCUCGAUCAGUUACAUCAUUACUCUCCCAAAAAGAGGUUCGUUAACGUGAGGGGAGCAAAAAACCAUACCUGCCAAGGAUCAAUCACAACCAAGGUUCAAAAAGGCGUUAGGCGUAAGGCAGGCGCUGAGCCUUUGCCUUGCGCCUAGCUCGCCUAGGCAAAGACUAAGCGUGCCUAGGCGUUGGGAGAAAAACAGCUAUCCGCUCUGCAUGAUGAAUGAAAUAAUAAUCUACAACACUUCCUCACUUCAAUUAAAAUGAUUAACAACUUACUCAACACUUAAUGACAAGAACUUAGCUCACAAAUACAUAGAAUCAUAGCUCAAUAGCUUACAAAGUUCUUGAGCUAUUGAAAAUAUUGCAAUAGAAAAUUGAUUUCGUAGCUGAUGUUAAUUUUGGUCUUUAAUAUUAACUUCCUAGCUCCAUCUAGUAAUGUCUAGGAGAGACUUAUAUUCCACCUUACUCCAUUGACGUGUUCCAGUAUCUAAUUAAGCGCGAAACCCCUAGGCGAGGCGUUUUGCCAUUGCCUUGCGCCUAGGCAUGCCUAAGCGUAAGAUUAAGCGUGCCUUUUUGAGCCAUAAUCACAACCCAAAGCUGCUUUAUUUCCACCAUACCUGCCAUUGCAGGCAGCCAUGACCUUCGACCGAAUUUAGAUAUGGUCCUCCACUUGGAUUUUAGAGGAUGGUUCUCCAUCUUACAUCCAACGGUCAUAAAAAUGGGUCAUUAAAUUAGGGGUCAAGAUUUGUUGGUAAAAAGUAGCAGUGGAGAAUGAUGUAGAAAAGCAGCUGACGAAAAGCUAUUUUUUUUUGGGCUCACAGACUGAAAAGUAGCUGACAAGAGAGAGAGAGUGAGGAAUGCAAGUUCUGGGAAAUGUUGAAUAUGUUUUUUGUUGUGUACAAAUAUCAAUUGGGAUCAGUACGAAUAUGUUUUGUGUUUAGUAAGAAUAUGGUUUUUAAUACGUGGUAUAUUAUUUUGAAUAAAAGUUGUGAAAAUUA